AUGUCCGACGGAGAAACCGUUGUCGCCCAACGGGUGCAGGAUGAUGCGCAGGAUGACGCGCAGGAUGACGCGCAGGGGGACCAAGAACAAGAGACGGCUCUGACGACUACCACGACCGAGGUCGCCGCUGCAACAGAACGCAAAGUCAAGAAGAUCAUACGGAAGAAGAGGCGCCCAGCCCGUCCCCAAGUCGACCCGGCAACGGUCACCACAGAAAUCCCUCCUCAAACCGGAACGACUUUUAACAUUUGGUAUAACAAAUGGGCCGGUGGCGAUCGCGAGGACAAGUAUCUCUCCAAGACACACGCCAAAGGCCGCUGCAAUAUCGUCAAGGACAGCGGCUAUACGCGAGCGGAUAGGGUUUCGGGCAGCUAUUUCUGUCUGUUUUUCGCACGGGGUCUCUGUCCUAAAGGCCAAGACUGCGAGUACCUGCAUCGGCUUCCAACCAUCCACGACAUGUUCAACCCAAACGUAGACUGCUUCGGGCGUGACAAGCAUGCCGACUAUCGAGAUGAUAUGGGCGGCACGGGCAGUUUCAUGCGACAGAAUCGCACCGUUUAUGUUGGGAGAAUACAUGUCACCGAUGACAUUGAGGAGAUUGUUGCGCGUCACUUUGCAGAAUGGGGGCAGAUUGAGCGAAUUCGUGUUCUCAAUACCCGGGGCGUCGCCUUCAUCACGUACACCAACGAGGCGAAUGCACAAUUUGCCAAGGAGGCCAUGGCUCAUCAGUCACUUGACCAUGAAGAGGUCCUCAACGUUCGGUGGGCGACGGUGGAUCCCAACCCGAUGGCGAAAGCCCGGGACGCGCGACGCAUCGAAGAACAGGCCGCCGAGGCAAUCCGACGAGCCUUGCCAGCUGAAUUCAUUGCCGAGAUGGAGGGCAAGGAUCCGGAAGCGAGAAAGCGGAGGAAAAUCGAGAGCAGUUACGGCUUAGAAGGCUACGAAGCGCCCGACGAGGUCUACUUUGCCAGGGGUCCUAAUGCCAUCAAUCCAGUCGGGCGUCAGGGAUAUGAAGUAGGGUAUAACGAGCGUCUCAUGAUCGAGAACGGCACUGCCAGCGAGGAGGCGCAGUCUUCGCUGCCGAUUGCUCCCCAACAGCAGCAACCCAAAGAGGAGUCGGGGGGCAUUUUUUCGAGCAGCACGCUGGCGGCUCUGCAAACGGCUAAAGUCUCGGUUGCCCAGAAACCUACACCUGCAGCUUCUACCGGACCAUUAGUUGCCUAUGACAGCGAAGAUGACGAAUGA